AUGAGACUUCUAGUUCUUACAGUUCUUUGCACACAAAAACUCAUGUCUUUCUGUGACAUUUUUAUCUAUUUGUCAAGAAGAGGAAUUGAUCCAAGUAAAUAUCGACCAGCCAUCCGGUUCAGUCCUGAUCAGAUCAUGUUAACACCCAGAAAUCCGAUUGUUCCGGGAUGUAUCAAAAUCAAAGCAGUUGGUGUGGAAGUUGUAAGACCGGUGGAAAAUUUGGUCGCUGAGAUUGAAAUGCGAAUUGGUGGUACACCAGAUCCUAAUCAUACGGCUUUACCUUGUUCUAAGAAAGUAGACGAAAAAGUUAAUCAGUGCCCAUGUGCAAAAUUGGAAAAUACCUGCGUAUUUUGCGAUUUCUGCAAGCAGAUGCGCAAUCAGACAACACGUUUCACCUUAUCUCAGAGCAGGACAAUGCGCAAAAGAAUUGACGAUGAAUGUAAAUGCGAGGUGAUGCAACCGGGGUUUUAUGAUAUCGAAACAGAAAUGUGCACGCCUGAAUUAGAUGAUGUUAAGGAUUAUAUACCAUCUGAAAUACAAAGGAAUAUUGUUGAAAAGCGACCGAUUUCAAUGUUCAUAACAAUUUACUUGAUGGAUCUCGAGCAACAUCGCAAAGAAUCAUACAUCUCUGAGUUCGGCAAGGCAUUACUACGAAGGCGAAUGGCACAAAGUACAAUGGCAUGCUUUCUGCUGGGAAUUGAUGUGAAAAUUGAUGCUCUUACAUUUUAA